AUGGUAUCUCUAACCUUGGUUUUCUAUCUAACAUGUUUGUUCUCGUGGGGAAAGGUCACAUUACCUCAGAAGUCACAUCAGUCCUCAUCUUUUCAUCAAGAGAGUGGCUUCAAAUCAGUAAAUGUUGGUGAAACUGUAAUUUUGCGAUGUUUCUAUGAAAAUGGAGUGUCAACAAGGUUUUACUGGUAUAAGCAAACACUGGGACAGAAACCAAAGCUCAUUUCUACUUUCUUCAUCUAUGAUUACACUGAGGCAUUUUAUGAUGAAUUUGUGAACAAUUCACGAUUUACAAUGGAAAUUAAAAAUGGUAAAAACCACUUAAUUAUUUCAGAUUUGCAUAUUUCAGACUCAGCUACUUAUUAUUGUGCAUGUAGCACUACUUCAGCAUUUGAAUUUGCAGAAGGUGUUACAGUCAGUGUAAAACGUUCAGGUUUGAAUAUUAACACUUCAGUUCAGUCUUCAUCUGAGACCAUCCAGCUAGGAGACUCUGUGACUCUGAACUGUACAGUACACACUGGGACCUGUGAUGGAGAACACAGAGUUUACUGGUUCAAAGACUCUGAAGAAUCUCAUCCAGGACUCAUUUACACUCAUGGAGGCAGGAAUGAUCAGUGUGAGAGGAAAAAUAACACAAAAACACGCAACUGUGUCUACAACCUGCCAAUGGAGAACCUGAAUCUGUCUCAUAAUGGGAUCUACUACUGUGCUGUUGCCUCAUGUGGACACAUACUGUUUGGAGAUGGGACCAAGGUGGAGUUGAAGAAUGAGGAGGUUUCUCUUGUCUUGGUGUAUUUCUUGAGUGGUGCUCUGGCGUUCACCACUAUCCUGACACUUUCACUGGCUGCCUUACUGUACACACACAAGAGAAAAGGCCAGCAAGCUACAGAGUCUGAUGCAAGAUUUUCGGCUUCAUAUCCAAUGAACUCAGAGGUAUCCAGAUAACUUUCAAAAUAAUCGUAUUACUGAAAUGUUUUCUUCUUAGGUAUGUGACACAUUGUAAGUUGUUGUUUUCUAUUUUAUUAGCAGAGUUUCC